AUGGAGACGGCGGUCCCAGUUACGUACAAUGUUACGAACCAUGACAUGAACGCUGUUGCUCACCGCCGCAUGAUGGCUCCCCAUCAACAUCACCACCACCAUGACCAGAAUAUCGCAUACUUCUCAAAUCCACCAAUUCCAUAUUCGACCCCUCUGCAACCCCCUUCUUUUAGUGGCUUCGGCCACAUUUUAAAUAACCAUCCCCAUCAUACCUCCUAUCAGGGUUACUUCAAUUCGAAUCCGAGUCACCAGGUUAAUUCCCAUCAUCCUCGACUGCCCGCAGAGACGAACCCAGUGCAACAACUUUCAGAUGUCCGCCAUGUCAAAAACGCCAACCCCCGUUUAAUCAGGCCUUCUCCUCCAAAGGAAGACACUCUCCCCCCUCCACCUCCACAACGCAUGUGCGUCCCACCAGCGCGAAAUACAACACAGCAUGAGGACUCGAAACCUAUGCACAAGCCCGAGGUGGUGUUUGGGACAGAAGUGGAUACUUUGAUGAAGGCCAUACAAGCUAAACCGCAACCACCGUCACCUCAGGCGGAACACCAACUCCCUCCCUUGCAACAAAAGUUCAAUAGCGGCGUCACCAAUUGGAUUCAUCCAGCCUACGCCAACCAAAUGGGUGGAAACCAGUCUAUUUUCCCUAACCCCCCUCAAGAUCGCAUUCCGCCCGCGAACCAAAAACCUAAAAGGAAAUACGAGUGCACUCUCCCUCAUUGCAAGAAGAGCUUUUUCCAGAAGACACAUCUUGAUAUCCAUAUGCGGGCACAUACCGGUGACAAGCCUUUUACAUGCAAGGAGCCCUCGUGUGGCCAGCGGUUUUCUCAACUGGGGAAUCUUAAGACUCAUGAACGAAGACACACUGGCGAGAAGCCUUACUCGUGCGAGAUAUGCCACAAGAAAUUUGCCCAGCGAGGCAAUGUCCGCGCCCACAAAAUCACGCAUGAGCAGGCAAAGCCCUUUACAUGUCGGCUAGACGACUGUGGGAAACAAUUUACACAAUUAGGAAAUCUUAAAUCCCACCAAAACAAAUUUCACGCCCAAACUCUCCGAAACUUAACCCUUCGAUUUGCAUCCAUUGCCGACAUCGAGCGUAUGUCUCCACAGGACAAGGAGUUGUGGAGCUACUUCUCCAACCUAUACCGGAAUAGCAAUAAGGGCAUCAAAGGCCGUGGCAAGGACCGCCGCGUAUCAACUGCCAAGCGCUCAAUGAGUGCCUAUGAUGGGAGCCCCUCGGAAAGCGAGGAUGAUGGCAAGGAUCGCAAUCGAACUUAUGACCGCGCAUCAGCAGUGAUGACCUCCAACAACGACGAACCGGAUUAUCGUGAGCAGCUUUACCACAAUAGGAACGGUGGUCAUCAUUGA